GAGGCUGAGGAGGAGGGCUCCCCCGAGCGGAAGCGGAAGUGGAGCCUCGACGGGCCCGGCGGUGCCUGGGGAGGGAGAGCGAGGUGUAAGUCACAGACUGGACCUUGAUGCUGUCGCUAGAUUAAUACCAAGACUUCAACAAUGGGUGUGAGAGGUUUACAUGGAUUUGUGGCAAAUGCCUGUCCCAGUGUAUGUACAGUAGUAAAUUUGAAAGAAAUGGCAGAAAAAUACCAACUUCGCCAGCCUGGAUGCACUCCUGUAAUCGUUGUUGAUGCCAUGUGCUGUCUUAGACAUUGGUACACACCAGAAUCUUGGGUUUGUGGUGGCCAGUGGCUGGAAUAUCUUUCUGUCUUAGAAGAUUUCAUUAAAGCUUUUACUACAGCAGGCAUCAAAUUGGUGUUCUUCUUUGAUGGUGUAGUCGAGCAGAAUAAGAGACAUGAAUGGGUGAAACGGAGACUCAGAAACAACAAGGAGAUAUCUAGAAUCUUUCAGUUCGUGAAGACCCAUAGGCGGCAACCAGGCAGAGAUAUGUUCUUCAUUCCCUCAGGACUGGCCACAUUUACACGUUUUGCUUUAAAAUCUCUCGGUCAGGAAACUGUGUGUUCAUUAAAAGAAGCAGACUAUGAAGUGGCUUCUUAUGGUCUCCAAAAUAACUGUCUGGGAAUUCUUGGAGAAGAUACCGACUAUCUCAUCUUUAAUACAUGCCCUUACUUUUCUAUUAGUAAGCUCGAGCUUGACCGUCUUGUUACUGUUAUGUUCUCAAGAGAGAACCUUUGCUAUAGCCUGGGUCUCAACAUAACAGAUCUUCCUCUUUUGGCCUGCCUGCUGGGCAAUGAUACAGUUCCAGAAGGCAUGUUGGAAAGUUUUCGGCAAAAAUGCCUGUCUGGUUAUUCCUCUGCUAAACAGAACAGUGACAAAAGAGCCAACACAAUCCUAGCUGUGGCAGACUACAUAGCUAGGGUACUCCACUUGCAGCAGGGGGUGAAAGACCUGGAAGAGAUGUUACCUUUGGGACGAAAUAAAGCUGUGUUUUGUAGAGGGGUGGCAUCCUAUCUCCUUCCAGGGCAACAGUCUCCCUGGCUUCUCCAGAAACCCAGCUUGGAAACAUCAGACAAGCAAGAAGCAACCAUGUGUUCAGACCCAGAGAUCUUACAGGUAGCUAAGGAACAACAUGUCCGAGCUGAGAACUACCUUGUCUACAAUAUCCUAAGCAGUGGAGAAAUUGAAUGCAGCAACACAUUGGAAGAUGAACUUGACCCAGAACUCCCUGGCCAGGCACUUAUUUUCCGUCCUGCUCGGCAGCAUAUUUACUCACUCUUAUUGGAAGACAGUAUAGGUGCUUGCAGAUCCCGUCCUAUAAUAAAGGAGUGGUUUGUGUACUUUGGGAAUCAGCUGAAGCAGCCGGAACUGGUACAGCCCAUAAAACUAGAUAUUCCAGGUGGAACACCUAGUUUGAGAACGUUAUGGCUGAGCCAAGAGGCAGAGAUACAAGCCCAGCGUUAUAACACCUUCCUGGCCUGCUUUCACCUUUGGAACGAAAGAGAAGAACUUCAGGCUUUCGAAAACUCUCUUGCAGCCCUAUGCUGUCUCUUGAUCUACCUCCUUUGGCAGGUGGGUACUUUCUCCCUGGAGGACUUAAAUGCUUUUAUUGCUCAGACUUUGUGCCUCCGAGGAAAAUCAGCUGCUCAACUCUCAGGCUUACAGCUCACCCAUGUUGACUCCAGAGCUGUGCAGCUUGGCUCUCUCUUCAUCAGGGGCCUGACCACUUUGAUUCUGGCCAACAGUGCCUGUGGGUUUCCAUUGAGAAUGGACGAUUUGAUGGCUUGGAAGAUGUUUGAUGGAAAACUUUUUCAACAGAAGUACCAGCAAUCACACAGAGGCUGUUCUGUGGAGGAACUUCUUGAAGGCAAUAAAUGUUGGCUGACUGAGUUCCAGAACCUAAAAUCAUUUAUUUGCAAGGCCUGCAUGAAGCACAACCGAGCUCUUCAAAGCAGACAGCGAGGGAAUGAAUUCAUCAGAGAGUCAGAAAGCAGAAGAUGGGGAUCCAGUUUCCAGAGAUCACAUCAGCCUCGUUUUUCACCUUUGUAUCAUAAUCCCAACCAAGGACACCAGUGGAGAGACCUUGGGCCGUCUAGAUUUGAAACUGGUCCUUCAGGUAGAAGAUAUAGGUCAGAAGAGCAAAGCCAGAAGAGAAGAGGAUUCCAGCACACUCCCAGAUGGCCCAGAUGACACCAUAAUGCUACCAGGAUGGAGCAGAAACCUUACAGAUGAAGAAAACAUUUUAAAAUUUGGAAGUUGAGCAAAGAAAAAUAUACCUGUUUAAUUCUACUAUCUAUAAGCCAAAUCAAAAAAUUAUUUAAGAAAGAUGGUGUUCACUUAAAAAUACCAUUAUAUUUGUGUACUGUCUUCUCUAUUCUAAUUUGUCAGCCAUUGCUUUUAAGUAAAAGUGUACAAAAAUAGUUUUUUUUCAGCAAGCAGUCACUAGUUUAUUCAGCUUUGGGGUAAGGUUUCAAGUUAAACUUCACAUUAAAAGCCCCUUUCUUCCUGUAUGUCAUUUCUGUACAGUGAAAUAUCUGAAGAGACUUGAGCUUAGCCACUGCCUCCUCUGUAGUGAUAGAGCAAAAAGAGGUGCUAAUUCCCAAUGUUCUUUAUCACCUUCAAAAGUUUUUAUGGCAGUAUGGGAAUGAUCUGUGAUGUACAGCCAAGUGUGACUUAGUAAGUCCUAGGCAGUUACUUGAGGCAAAUGAGGUGAAGUGACUUGCCUAGGAUCACCCAGCCACUAAGUACCAGAGGCAGAAUUUGAACUCAUGUCCACCUGAACCCUAGCCAAACCCUCUAUCCACUAUACUGUGUUACUGAAAAGUAUUUGAAAACAAUAACAAAUAGAAAUUUGCGUGUAAAGUAUAAUAUUGACUCCACGGUCAAGUGUAAAUGGCAUGAAAAUGUGAGUAGAAAGUUCUAAGAAGCAAGACUAGUAAAGAAUUACUUGCAUAUGAUGCUAACAUCAUCUGUCAGUCAUGCCUAUGACAUGCCCAGAAUUAUGUCAUGGGAGAUAAGAGUUAAAAGUAUAAGGCAUAGCUUCUGCCCUCUAGCAUACAAUUUAGUUGAAGGACAGGAGGAAUCUAAUACUAAUAACACAGCAGUUAGGUGAGCAUAUAUAAUUAAGUGAUAUGUUAUUUGGAAUUUAUUUUAAGGGUUAACAGCAGUUCUGAGAAGGAAAGAGCAUUGUAAUUUGGUGUAGUCAGGGAAAGUAUGCUCAUAUAUGAUAGAAAUUUUCACUUUUCAUAGAGAUGUCUUCUCUUUGAGGCAAGAGAACUUAAACUCUUGAGUUCUGCUUACCAUCCAAGGAGCUAAGCUUCUCUGUGUACUCAUGGAAGAUUGAAGGCACAGUGAGGGAGGAAGGGAAAAAUAGGAGAGGGUAAAAAAGGGAGUGGAAGAAGGAAAGAAAGGCAAAGUGAAAAGAAGAGGGAGGAAAAAAGAGGAAUCUCUCAUACAUCAGGUGUUCCCUGGUAACAUGUAUGUUGAAAGUUGUCCCCUAUUGGCCUAAAAAUUAUGUCUUGACAUGACUGAUGGACUUUUAAAACUACAUUCCCAUAUUAGCGCAAUUAAAAAUAAAUAAUUUUCAUAAUCCAGCCUGUGAGUACUCCAUGCAAAAAUGUAUGCACGUUUUUAAUCAGGCUGGAAUAAGAUCUUUCCUCCUGUUUCAGUUCUUAAGGAGUCCACAUAGGAUCAUAGAUUUAGAACCAAACGGAACCUUGAAAAGCUGCUGUGUCCAACAUUACAGAUGACAAAUGACAGUAUUUUUUACCUUAUAAUUUUGUUCCAUUAAUCCCAAUAAACAUUUUUUACAAAGUAACUGCAAGACCUUUUUAAGGUACUGAGCAAUGAUAGAGAAGUUAAAAGGGUUUUCUACUCUCUGACAGAACCUAUGAUAAUCACAGCCAAUGAUGAAAUACACUUCAUAUCUCUCAGUAGAGAGUGGUGCCAGAAAUGAUUUUGUCAAUCAAUUUUAUUUGUUUGUGGUACGUCAAGAAAUUAUUUGUGUAAAAAUCAAGGAGUCAUCAAUAAAAUUUUCUUUCAGAUAA